AGCUCAGUUCGCGCAGUAACAAAUGAAGUGCGCGCUGCGACACCUCCUAGCUCGCCAGGCUCGUCCGCCAUUUCUUCGCCGGGCCUAACGGUCCGGCCAAUCCCAGCGCGCAUCGAGAAGGGCUAAGGCUCCGCCAAUCGGAGGCCGCCGAUUCCGACCCCCUUGCCUCGGCUCGGCCCAAUCCAGUCCUCGGACCCGUCGCCCCCGGCCCGCCCCCGCGGCGCCCUCUCUCCUCCCUCUUUGUGCGUCUCGCGCCGCCGCCGCCCGCCGCGUGAGAGGACGGGUUCCGCGCGCUCCGCGGCAGCGCAGUCGGGUCCCCUCCCCCCGGAAGGUUCGCGAAGAAGCCGCCGCCGCCGCCGCCACCUAAAAGGAGCCACCGGUGCCGGUCCCCGGGGCCACCAUGGCGACCGGAGCGAACGCCACGCCGCUGGGUAAGCUGGGCCCCCCCGGCCUCCCCCCCCUUUCCGGGCCCAAAGGGGGCUUCGAGCCGGGGCCACCGCCUGCUCCCGGGCCUGGGGCGGGGCUGCUGGUGCCCGGGGCGCCGCCGCCCCCGCCCGUGGGCUCGGUGGGGGCCCUGACCGCGGCCUUCCCCUUCGCGGCGCUGCCGCCGCCGCCACCGCCGCCGCCCCCGCCUCCCCAGCAGCCGCCGCCGCCGCCGCCCUCCCCAGGCUCCUCGUACCCGCCGCCGCAGCCUCCCCCUCCGCCGCCGCUCUACCAGCGCGUGUCGCCGCCGCAGCUGCCGCCACCCCAGCCGCCGCGUCAGGACCAGCAGCCGGGCCCGGCCGGCGGCGGAGGAGACUUCCCAAGUAAGAAGCGGAAGAGGAGCCGAUGGAACCAAGAUACGAUGGAACAGAAGACGGUGAUUCCAGGAAUGCCUACGGUUAUCCCCCCUGGACUUACUCGGGAACAAGAAAGAGCUUAUAUAGUGCAACUGCAGAUAGAAGACCUGACUCGUAAACUGCGCACAGGAGACCUGGGCAUCCCCCCUAACCCUGAGGACAGGUCCCCUUCCCCUGAGCCCAUCUACAAUAGCGAGGGGAAGCGGCUUAACACGCGCGAGUUCCGCACCCGCAAAAAGCUUGAAGAGGAGCGGCACAACCUCAUCACGGAGAUGGUUGCCCUCAACCCUGAUUUCAAGCCGCCUGCAGAUUACAAGCCUCCAGCAACACGGGUGAGCGAUAAAGUAAUGAUUCCACAAGAUGAGUACCCAGAAAUCAACUUCGUGGGGCUGCUGAUUGGGCCCAGAGGGAACACCUUGAAGAACAUAGAGAAGGAAUGUAACGCCAAAAUUAUGAUUCGGGGAAAAGGGUCUGUCAAAGAAGGGAAGGUCGGGCGCAAAGAUGGCCAGAUGUUGCCUGGAGAAGAUGAACCACUUCAUGCCCUGGUUACCGCCAACACCAUGGAGAAUGUGAAGAAAGCUGUGGAACAGAUAAGAAACAUCCUGAAGCAGGGUAUUGAGACCCCUGAGGACCAGAAUGAUCUACGGAAGAUGCAGCUUCGGGAGUUGGCCCGUUUGAACGGGACCCUUCGAGAAGAUGAUAACAGGAUCUUAAGACCUUGGCAGAGCUCAGAGACCCGCAGCAUUACCAAUACCACAGUGUGUACCAAGUGUGGAGGGGCUGGCCAUAUUGCUUCCGAUUGUAAAUUCCAAAGGCCUGGUGACCCCCAGUCAGCUCAGGAUAAAGCACGGAUGGAUAAAGAGUAUUUGUCCCUCAUGGCUGAGCUGGGCGAAGCCCCUGUGCCAGCGUCCGUGGGCUCCACCUCUGGGCCUGCCACCACGCCCCUGGCCAGUGCGCCUCGGCCUGCUGCUCCCGCCAACAACCCACCUCCCCCGUCUCUCAUGUCCACCACCCAGAGCCGCCCACCCUGGAUGAAUUCGGGCCCUUCAGAGAGUCGGCCCUACCACGGCAUGCACGGAGGUGGUCCUGGUGGGCCCGGAGGUGGCCCCCACAGCUUCCCACACCCGUUACCCAGCCUGACAGGUGGGCACGGUGGACAUCCCAUGCAGCACAACCCUAACGGACCCCCACCCCCUUGGAUGCAGCCGCCACCACCACCGAUGAACCAGGGCCCCCACCCACCUGGGCAUCAUGGCCCUCCUCCAAUGGAUCAGUACCUGGGAAGUACGCCUGUGGGCUCUGGGGUCUAUCGCCUGCAUCAAGGAAAAGGUAUGAUGCCACCGCCGCCUAUGGGCAUGAUGCCGCCGCCGCCGCCGCCUCCCAGUGGGCAGCCCCCGCCCCCUCCCUCUGGCCCUCUUCCCCCAUGGCAGCAGCAGCAGCAGCAGCCUCCGCCACCCCCUCCGCCCAGCAGCAGUAUGGCUUCCAGUACCCCCUUGCCAUGGCAGCAAAAUACGACGACUACCACCACGAGCGCUGGCACAGGGUCCAUCCCGCCAUGGCAACAGCAGCAGGCGGCUGCCGCAGCUUCUCCAGGAGCCCCUCAGAUGCAAGGCAACCCCACUAUGGUGCCCCUGCCCCCCGGGGUCCAGCCGCCUCUGCCGCCCGGGGCCCCUCCCCCUCCGCCGCCUCCGCCGCCUGGUUCCGCCGGCAUGAUGAUCCCUCCCCGCGGCGGCGAUGGCCCGAGCCAUGAGAGUGAGGACUUUCCGCGCCCAUUGGUGACCCUUCCAGGCAGACAGCCUCAGCAGCGCCCCUGGUGGACGGGAUGGUUCGGCAAAGCAGCCUGAGUUAUUUUUGUGGACGGAAUCGGAACACGCUGGCUCCAUAUCGUGAAAUUUUUAUUAAUUUUUUUCUUUUUCCUUUGUUAUUUCCUGAUCUCUUCCUUUCUUCAGACUCCGUCCAAGGAGAUGCUCUUCCCCGAUCUUCUGCUGCAAUUAGAUUCCUUUCCUUUUUCUCCGUUCCUUGUUCUUCUCUUCCUAAGGAGAGGAGGGAGCAAAUGGUUUUAGGCGCAAGCUUUAGCCAUUGAUGUCAGGCUAGUUGCGGGGGUGGGGCGGGAGGGGGGGGGUUCUUUGGUUCUAAAAUUUUCAAGGUUGCCAUGACCACCCCAGAGACUUUUUUUUUUUUUGUUCUUUCUGUAGUGUGAGAUUUUUGUCUUUGCCACCUUUGUAGAGAAGUGGGUUCAUUUCCAGGUUCUGGGUCGACACCUAUCCCGGCACCCCUGCCUGCGUUAGGUGGGGCCACUCAAGCCACCUUGGGCUCGUCUGCCACCCUGGAGAGUCCUUUCCAUGCUCCCUGAGCAUCUAAGCUGCCUCAGAUUCCAUUUGUUCCUCUCCUUCCUGGAAGGUUUCCUUUUAAAUUUUAUUUUAAUCCCGAACGUCUGAAUGUUUUGCAGUGUCUAAGGGUUUGAGCCCCUCGUUUUUCGUUCUACUUCCUUUUUCCUCCCCUUCCCUCUUCAUGGAGUGAUUAUGUUGACAAUAAUGUAUAACGCGCGUUCUCUUCACUGGUUUAUCUGCAGAAAUUUCUCUGGGCUUUUUUUUCGGUGUAUGAUUCAACACUGCGUUAAAGGGGGGUGUUCAUUGAAUAAAAGAGCAGUGUGGUUUUC